UAAGUAUAUAAUGACCCCUUCUAAAAUUCCCGAAUGAAAGGUUAAAUUAUUUGUUCUGCAAAUGCAUUCUUGGCAUGCUUCCAUCGCCAUUUUUAUCCUUCUCGUUUCUAGCUCUCAUGCUGUCAUCACCAAACGACCAAAUCCCUACCUUAGCACGGCAAACCGAUUCUUGGCUCCUCAAAAUGCUGUCCGAGCCUCAUUGAGGAUCCGACCAUUAGUGUGGGAUGCAAAAUUGGAACGUUACGCACAAUGGUAUGCCAACCAGAGGCGCUCUGACUGUGCGUUAAAGCAUUCUAAUGGACCUUACGGUGAGAACAUCUUUUGGGGUAGUGGCAGUGACUGGACUCCAGCUCAGGCGGCCGUGGCGUGGGUCUCAGAGCGUAAAUGUUAUGAUUACAGGUCUAAUUCUUGUGCCCAGGGCGAAGAAUGUGGACAUUAUACUCAAGUUGUGUGGAGGAAUACAAGAAGAAUUGGGUGUGCUAGAGUGACUUGUUUUGGUGGACGAGGUGUUUUCAUGACCUGCAACUAUGAUCCUCCUGGGAAUUACAUAGGAGAAAAGCCUUAUUGAAUGUUUCUUGAAGUCUUUGCGUAGUUGUUUUUCUUUUUGUUUUCUUUUUUCUCUUUUGUGUGGAAAUCCAAUCUCAUGUGAUAACUAAAUUAUAUCAUAUGUAUUUAUUGUAAAAUAAAUUUCAAUAUAACAUUAAAAAUAAUUAGGACAAAAAAAAAAGGGGAUUGAAUAAAGCAGUACUACUGCUUUUGCCAGUGGCAAUUAGAUUUUUUUCAAUAUUAACGUGCGGCUUCUUGUUUUU